CCCCUUUUCAUAGCACUACAUAAAAUGUCGUUCAUUAACAUUUGCCGUGACAACACUGAUCCGUUCUACCGUUAUAAGAUGCCGUCCCUCCAGUCCAAGAUUGAGGGGCGCGGUAACGGUAUCAAGACCGCCGUGGUCAACUUGUCCGAAGUUUCGCGUGCCUUGGCUAGACCACCUAACUACGUACUCAAAUACUUGGGGUACGAAUUGGGUGCCCAGACCAAGCCUGAGGCCAACGACCGCUACUUGGUCAAUGGUCAGCAUGAUGCGCCGAAGUUACAGGACCUUUUGGAUGGCUUCAUUUCCAAAUUCGUGCUCUGUGGCUCGUGUAAGAACCCAGAAACCGAGAUUGUUGUCGCCAAGGACGACACCUUGAUCAAAGAUUGUAAGGCCUGUGGUCAGAGAACAUCCAUUGACCCUAGAGCCAAGCUUUCUUCGUACAUCAUCAAGAACCCUCCUGAGUCGGGUAAGGGCAAGAAGUCAGCCACCGCUUCCGCCAAUGUGGUUGGUGGUGGUGUCACCAUUUCCGAUCUUGCCUCCGGCAGAACUCAAGGUGCUGAGGCUGCUGAUGUUGAUGAGGACUACGAUGAUGACGCUUUGACCAGAAAGAUCAACGCCGAAGCCAGUGCUUUGCCAGAGGCCCACGAUAUCGCUGACGAUGAAUGGGCGGUAGACAUGUCCGAAGAAGCUGUCCGUGCCAGAGCCUUGGAAUUGGAAGCUGUUUCCUUGGAUUCUAAGGCUGUUGCUUGCAACGAGUUUGGCGAGUGGUUGUUGUCUUUCGACAAGGCUGAGUUACCAUCUGAUGUCGAGAUCUACAAGAAGGCCAGUGAGUUGUCCAUUGUCGGCAACCCAGAUACCGUUCAGGUUUUGGCCCAGACUUUGUUCGACAACGAAAUUGUGACUCAGCUCAAACAACAUGCCGGUUUGUUGAAUAAGUUGAUGGCCGAUGAGGACAACCAGAAGGCGUUCUUGGGUGGCUUAGAGAGAUACUUGGGGCUUGAAAACCAGGCUUUGAUCCCAGCCUUGCCUAAGAUCUUGAUGACCAUCUACGACUUGGAGUUGAUCGAGGAAGACGUCAUCCAGAACUGGGGUACUAAGGUCUCCAAGAAGUACGUCGCGAAAGACAUUUCCAAGAAGGUUCGUAAGGCCGCUAAGCCAUUCCUCAAGUGGUUGGAAGAGGCCGAGGAAGACAGUGACGACGAAUAAGCGGGUAGGAUAGUUGCGUAGCGACGGAUUCUUAAUUUAAUAAACGAGAAAAAAUGAAGCUGAAAGGGGCUUAAAGGAGUGCCACCUGCCAUAGAGAUUCCAGUGUGGUAUGAGAGAUGAGAAAUCUUUUUUUUAAACCCGUCAUAAGGAGUACAUAAUUGAAAAAUAUGACGCCCCUAUAAUUUCGGAAUCACGCGUCUUACCCCAAUCCUCCUGGUGCG